UUUAUCGAGCCGGAAAUUUGGUGGUAUUACAUGAUAGAACUCAGCUUUUACUGGUCACUAAUGUUCUCCCAGUUCGUGGACACGGUUCGAAAGAGCGCAAAGAUGGCUCGUUACUGCCAUAAGAACGUCCUUUGCAACGUGUUAUUUGUUAUAUUCACGGCUAUUUGGUUCGUCACCAGGUGCGGUAUCUACCCCUUCAAAAUUAUCUACUCGACGACCAUUGAAGCGCCGUCUCUUAUUCAGUUUUUUCCCGUCUACUACAUUUUCAACUGCCUGCUGUUGAUCUUGUUGGUUUUGCAGUUAUUUUGGUCUUUUCUGAUUCUUCGCAUUGCACUGAACGCGGUGCGUAGCGGCGAGAUGGAAGAUGUUCGCAGCGACGACGAGUCGGACGACGAGGAAUGUAAGAACGAUGCAACGAAGGGCUUAAAAAUUAAUGGAUUAAAUAAGAUGGAGAAUAUUGACAGCGACUACAGGUCACAAAACGAGCAGUGUGCGAACAUCGACGUCAUAACGCCAAAUUUCGUUAAGAUGAAUGGUCGUAUACCGAGGGGAUCAGAGAAGGCGAAAAUCACGUGA